AAACAAAAAUACCAUAAAAUAAUGACUUAUAAAUGCACAAGUAAACAGACUUCUGAAAAAGAGCGUUUUCGCUACCCAAACUGAAACCCAAACCCAAACCCAAACCCAAACCCAAACUCAAUACUCAAACUCAAACCCAAACCCAAACUCAAUACCCAAACCCAAACCCAAACUCAAACUCAAUACUCAAACUCAAACCCAAACCCAAACUCAAUAUCCAAACUCAAACCCAAACUCAAACUCAAUACACAAACCCAAACUCAAACUCAAACUCAAUACCCAAACCCAAACUCCAAACCCAAACUCAAUACCCAAACUCACCAAACCCAAACGGUUUGGGUUUGGUGCAUGCCUACAUAUAUCCACGAUAA